AUGGAGACUAAGCGGAAACUGGACCCUUGUACCUCCGAAGAGACAUCCGCGGGGAAUGGCGUGAAAAAACGCAAGAAGAAAAAUUUCCCAGAUGCGGAACCGGACAGUACUCCAACAUCCCCAUCCUUCUCAAACACAGCAAAACAAAGAACAAAAACCCAAUCCCGCCUCCAAAAACUCCAAAAGCUCACCCGCAAACUCUUAAACCACCCCGAACAAAUCUUAGAAGCACCCAUAAAUGGCUCAGCACCCGGCCCGGACCUCCUACAAUCUCUAACAGCGCUUAACAACUCCCUCUCCCUCUCCUCCUCCUCCUCUCCCCAAACCCACAAUCCCCAAGAUCCACCGUCCUACUACUCCCAAUCCCCCCUAGACCGCCUCUACACGCCCUCCCUCCACCUCCACGCCCAAAACAUACUACCCCCCCUCCCCCCCGUUCCCGACAAAUCCCUCCAAACCGCUAUCUUCACUCACGAAGGAGUCAACGACCCCACAAAUACCACAACUACCACCACCUCAACAGAGAAAAACUACGAACGCCUCGAGCUGCUGGGCGACGCCUACAUCGAGAUCUUCGCCACGCGGCUGGUAUGGGAUACCUUCCCGCGUCUGCGGGCCGGCCGGCUGUCUCAGAUUCGAGAAAUGCUGGUCAAAAAUGAGACGUUGGCGGAAUACGCGACGCGGUAUGGGCUUGAUAGGAGGCUGCAGGUUGCGGCGGAGAUACGGCGGCAGGCGAAGACGUGGACGAAGGUGCGUGGGGAUUUGUUCGAGGCGUAUGUUGCUGCGGUGAUAUUAUCGCAUCCGAAGCGCGGGGUGGAGAUGGUUGAGGAGUGGUUGACGCAGUUGUGGAUUCCGAGGUUGGAGGGGGUUGAGAGGGAGAGGCCUGUGCUGCGGUAUAAGGAGGAGUUGGCAAAGAUGGUUAUGGAUAAGGGGGUGCGGGUGAGGUAUGUGGAUGAGAGGGAGGGGGUGCAGAGGAAGGGGGGACUGCAGACAUUUUUUGUGGGGGUUUAUUUGGACGGGUGGGGGUUUCGGGAUGUUUGUCUUGGGACAGGUACGGGGAUGAGUAAGGUUAUUGCGGGGAAUGAAGCGGCAAGGAAGGCUUUAGAGAAUCCGGUUGCGAGGGAGGCGGCGGAGAGGAAGAGGGCGUUUCAUGCUGGUGAUAGGAAGGGGAGUGGUGAGGAGGGAGGGAGGGGGUGA